GCCAAAUUGGAAGAUACCUUCACCCGUUCCAUCCAUCCACUCAAGUUUAGAGUGGUUUACUUGUGCAAAGUAGUAUGGUCAGGACCGAGUGCGUGAAUGUUCAUGUAUGCUACUUAAUCCCAUAUUCUAAACACCAAAGCCGAGAGCGAAGUGACUAAGAUACUCGUACUAACAACAACGCCAACUUAAAUCUAUAUAUAACAAAUAGAAAUCUCCAAGUAUGCCCUUCGAUUAUCACCAGAGCAGUCCUUCCGCUACUCCUCUUGACCAUCUCACCUCUCCGGAUACGUAGACCCUGUCUAAACACCCAUCAAACAAUCAAAAGACCACCUAACCAAGCCAAUACAGCUGUUACCCUCUUGGCAAGCUCGUCAUGGAGCUUAGCAUCGAUCCUAGGAAGAAGGGUGAAACUCCCCAGCUUCAUACCCUGCCUCUUGACCUCCAGGCUAGGAUCGUUACCAGUUUAGCACCUCAGCACUUUCGGAAGGCCUUCUUCACGUGCCGUCUAGUAUGUCGAAGGCUCAAGGAGGCCACGGACCUUGCUUUCAGGAAUAAAUUCGUCCCCUCGCUUCACUUUGCGAUUUUUCUGGAUGGAAUUACCGCAGUUCGUAAGUCCGGGAGUCAGAUAGCCGUCCAUGAAGAUGAUUCUAUCGAAACUGCUUUAUAUUUUACCUCAUUUUCCGAAGAUAAUACCCAAGCUAUCUUCUCUUACCUCCCUGAUUGCGAUGUUGAUCCAUUUGACGAUACCGUAUCGACAGGCGACGUAGAAGUUCGCUUCGGGCCUCCUCGAUUUUGGCCACUACGUCCUAUUUGUGAGCUUCUUUGGCGAGGUACUAUGGAGCGUUACCAAGCUCAAACUACAGAUGAUGGACAUACCAAGCCUUGUCUCCAUCUCUCUGGCAUGUAUUUCCAGCUACCAUAUAUGGACGACAUCAAGUUCGACCCUGAAAAACUCGAGCUCAGAAUCCCCUGGGUUAGACUUGCGGCCUGUUUGUUCCCCAGACAGAAUGCGUUUGGGGAACAACUCAAGUUAAUGGCACGCCAGGACCUUGAGGCCACCCGUUGGAAGAUUUCAAACCCAUCCGUAGAACAAGGGUUACGAAUUGCUUUGCGUUCGAAUGUCGCGCGCGCCGAACGAUUCGAAACAUGCUUCGAAGCGGCUUAUUGGGAAUAUUCACGCCAGUUUCCACAGGAAUCUGGCUGGAACUGGAGUCCUUAUACCGAUAGGAAUCGAGACUGGUACCUAGAAUGGGCCGAGUACGUUGGAAUAAGCUUAACGGCUCAUUGAAUAUGAUCCGGCGUGAAUAGACUUCCACCGGGUUAAUAUCUGUAGUGCCCCUUUAUCCCGUAGGUACGCACGAUAGUAUUAAAGAUCAGAGCAUCAAUAUAGUUUUAUGAUUUACUGUAUCUUCUAAACCCUUUACCGUUUCGAAAACAAUAUUGUGAUAAGCG